AUUGCUACUUGGCACGCUGAAUUCGUUGGAAGUUCUUAGUGAGUUCUUAAAGACCGGUUGAGUUUUGUUUUUAAAAAAUACACAAAGUUAAAACUAGAUCCGAAUCAAGAUGCAGAAGCAACAAUUGAACCUCGCCUGCUUGUCAGCCAUUUUGCUAGCAUCCACCCAAAUGGUGGCCAGUCAAGUUUUCAAUUUGGGCCGUUGCCCCCGCACUAUCACCACGGUGCAAGACUUUGAUGCAUCUAAAUACCUGGGUCUUUGGAAUGAAUAUGCCAAAUAUCCUUUCAUCUUUGAAGCCGGCGGUAGAUGUAUCCAAGCUCAGUAUGGUGCUUUAGCUGGCGACCAGGUUUCGGUGCUCAACACACAAACUACAAAACUAAAUGUAAGGCAAUCAAUUGAAGGAAUCGCAACAGUCGAAGGACCUGGCAAACUCUCCGUUCGCUUCAAUGGCUUAGCCGCUCUUUCCGGUGAUUCUCCUUAUUGGGUUUUAUCUACCGAUUAUACUACUUAUGCCGUCGUUUACAGCUGCACAAACUUGGGAAUUGCACAUACAAAGGUUGUCUGGAUCCUUACACGCGAUCGCAUUCCAUCUCCAGCAGUCGUUAAAAAGGCAGAAGAUGCAAUUGUCGCGCAAAAUUUGCCAUUGAGUCCCUUGGAAAUAACCGAUCAAUUGGAUUGCGAAUAAAUAAUUUGAAGCGAUACAAAUUUGGCAUAUUUCGAAUAUGAAAAUGAGACUCGGACUAAGAAAAACAUGUUGGCUUAGUAAAAAUCUGUAGAUAAAUGUGUAAAUAUUGUUGACUAUAAAAUAUAGUGUAAAUAUACUUGAAAAAAGCUUUGCAAA